AGUGUGCGUGAAUGUGAGUGAACAGGUGAUCUAUGCCUUGGACUAGAUUUAUCUCCAACUUCCCAGUGAUCGGAUCCAUGCCAUAGGUUAAUUUUUUACUCCUCUGCAACUAUCAUAUGGAUGUCAGGAAAAUGAAUAUCGGUCAUUAUAAUCGUGGAUGUGCGAGCGAUCAUCUCGUCCCAUUCGCGCUCAUGUGUCAAAAGCUUUAUUGAAUAGCCGACUCGGAGGCUCUGACGGCUCUAGCUGCUGUUAGCUUCCGCCCCUGCUGGGAGACACGCCUGGGCCGAGCUCACAACCGCUAUCAGCCCGUAAUGGCCGGAAUGACGGACAAUAUUCCUUUGCAGCCGGUACGGCACAAAAAACGCCACGACAACAAGCAUAAAAUCGGGUGCUGCCCCUGGUCGAGGUGCUGUGGAUCAGGGGAAUUUCGCCCUCGGACAGUUUGGCUGGGACACCCCGAGAAGAGGGAACAGCGGUACCCGAAGAAUGUCAUCAAUAACCAAAAAUAUAAUUUCUUUACCUUUCUGCCUGGGGUGCUGUUUAACCAGUUCAAGUACUUCUUCAAUCUGUACUUUCUGCUGCUGGCCUGCUCUCAGUUUGUGAAUGAGCUCAGACUCGGGGCUCUCUACACAUACUGGGUUCCACUGGGCUUUGUUUUGAUCAUCACGAUAGUGAGGGAAGCAGUGGAAGAAAUCCGAUGUUAUCUGCGGGACAAAGAGGUCAAUUCACAGAUUUAUAGCAAGCUCUGUACAAGAGGAACCAUGAAGGUGAAAAGUAGUGGCAUCCAGGUCGGAGAUCUUAUCAUCGUUGAAAAGAACCAACGUGUUCCUGCUGACAUGAUCUUCCUACGGACGUCUGAAAGGAACGGCUCGUGCUUCCUGAGGACUGACCAGCUGGAUGGAGAAACAGACUGGAAACUGCGCCUCCCAGUGGCCUGCACGCAAAGACUUCCGACUGCAGCAGACCUUCUACAGAUCCGGUCAUUUGUGUACGCUGAGGAACCCAAUAUCGACAUCCAUAACUUCAUCGGUACCUUUACCAGAGAGGACGGAGACCCUCCUGUCAACGAGAGCCUGAGUAUUGAGAAUACGCUGUGGGCCAGCACUGUUGUUGCCUCAGGUACAGUGAUAGGGGUUGUGAUUUAUACCGGCAGAGAACUUCGCAGUGUUAUGAACACAUCCAAUCCAAGAAAUAAGAUUGGGCUUUUUGACCUGGAGGUAAACUGCUUGACCAAGAUUCUGUUCGGAGCCCUGGUGGUGGUUUCCCUGGUCAUGGUGGCUCUGCAGCACUUCGCUGGUCGCUGGUACCUUCAGAUCUUCCGCUUCCUGUUGCUCUUUUCCAACAUAGUGCCCAUCAGUUUGCGUGUGAACCUGGACAUGGGGAAGAUGGUGUUCAGCUGGAUGAUCAAGAAAGAUUCAAAAAUCCCUGGAACUGUGGUUCGAGCCAGCACCAUCCCAGAGCAGCUUGGACGGAUCUCGUAUCUCCUCACCGAUAAGACAGGAACUCUCACACAGAAUGAAAUGGUGUUCAGGCGUCUGCAUCUUGGCACCGUGGCAUAUGGAAUGGAUUCCAUGGACGAAGUGCAGAGUCAUGUGUUCAGCGCUUACACUCAGCCUCCACAUGACCAGCCAGCAUCCAGGGCACCAGUCACGACUAAGGUGAGGAAGACGAUCAGUAGUAGAGUGCACGAAGCGGUGAAGGCCAUCGCCCUGGUGCACAACGUGACACCCGUGUACGAGGGGAACGGCGUGACGGAGCAGGCGGAGGCUGAGCAGCAUUACGAGGACACAUGCAGGGUGUAUCAAGCCUCCAGCCCUGACGAGGUGUCACUGGUCCAGUGGACAGAGAGUGUUGGACUGACUCUAGUGGGAAGAGAUCAGUCCUCUAUGCAGCUGAGGACCCCUAGUGGUCAAAUCCUCAAUUUCACCAUCCUGCAGAUUUUCCCUUUCACCUAUGAGAGCAAGCGCAUGGGAAUCAUUGUGCGUGAUGAGACUACUGGCGAGAUCACAUUUUAUAUGAAAGGAGCUGAUGUUGUGAUGUCCGGAAUAGUACAAUACAACGACUGGCUGGAAGAGGAGUGUGGGAACAUGGCCCGUGAGGGGCUCCGAGUCCUCGUGGUGGCUAAGAAAUCUCUGACAGAGGAGCAGUAUCAGGAUUUUGAGGCCCGCUAUGUCCAGGCCAAGCUGAGUGUCCAUGACCGCUCACUUAAGGUGGCUACAGUCCUCGAGAGCCUGGAGAUGGAGAUGGAGCUGCUGUGUCUGACUGGGGUGGAGGACCAGCUGCAGGCUGAUGUGAGGCCAACGCUGGAGAUCCUGCGCAAUGCUGGCAUUAAAGUAUGGAUGCUGACAGGAGACAAACUGGAGACAGCCACUUGCACAGCCAAGAACGCCCACUUGGUGACCCGUAAUCAAGAUGUCCACGUCUUUAGGCCUGUGACCACACGAAGCGAGGCCCACCUCGAGCUCAACGCUUUCAGGAGGAAGCACGACUGUGCUCUGGUAAUAUCAGGAGACUCUCUUGAGGUGUGCCUGAAGUAUUAUGAGUAUGAGUUUAUGGAGCUGGCGUGCCAGUGCCCGGCUGUGGUGUGCUGUCGCUGUGCUCCAACCCAGAAGGCUCAGAUCGUCCGGCUGCUGCAGGAGCGCACAGGCAAACUCACGUGUGCUGUGGGGGACGGAGGAAAUGAUGUCAGCAUGAUCCAGGAAGCUGACUGUGGCGUGGGAGUGGAAGGCAAAGAGGGAAAGCAGGCUUCGCUCGCUGCUGAUUUUUCAGUGACUCAGUUUAAACAUUUGGGCAGACUGCUCAUGGUGCAUGGCCGAAACAGCUACAAGAGGUCGGCUGCCCUCAGUCAGUUUGUCAUUCACAGGAGCCUCUGUAUCAGCACAAUGCAGGCUGUCUUCUCCUCCGUUUUCUAUUUCGCAUCAGUUCCUCUCUACCAAGGCUUUCUCAUCAUCGGCUACUCGACUAUCUACACCAUGUUCCCUGUUUUCUCCCUGGUUUUGGAUAAAGAUGUCAAAUCUGAGGUGGCUAUGCUUUAUCCUGAACUCUACAAGGAUUUACUAAAGGGUCGGCCUCUUUCCUACAAAACAUUCCUCAUAUGGGUUUUGAUAAGUAUCUACCAAGGCAGCAUCAUCAUGUAUGGCGCUCUACUGCUCUUUGAGUCGGAGUUUGUGCACAUCGUGGCAAUUUCGUUCACCUCACUGAUCUUGACCGAGCUGCUCAUGGUGGCACUUACAGUGCAGACGUGGCACUGGCUCAUGAUUGUGGCUGAGCUCCUGAGUCUGGCAUGCUACAUCGCUUCACUCGUCUUCUUACACGAAUUCAUUGAUGUGUACUUCAUCACCACGCUUUCGUUCGUUUGGAAGGUGACCGUCAUCACGCUGGUCAGCUGCUUGCCCCUGUACAUCCUGAAAUACCUGCGCAGACGCUUCUCGCCUCCCAGCUACUCCAAGCUGACCUCCUAGAUCCAUUCAGCAAGAAAUGUAAACAGAAAGACGCAUUACCUGGGUGUGUUUGUUUUGUUUUGUUUAUUAAUUUAUUGUUGUGUGGGUGACAGAACCGAUUUGCACAGGCUUUUGUUUAUCUAGAUGCAGCAUUAAAUGAAUGUCAAUGACCGUUGUUGAUGGUUGUCUCAAACAUAAUGCAUGAUUUUGUGAAGAAUCUUCUCAUUUGUGCCAUUUGUAGUCACACCACAGCUAUGCAGCUGAGCUGGGCUCCUAGAGGGUCAUCAGAGCUGAAUCACGAGGGUACUUUUAUGCUUGAUUGCUUGAGUGAGUCACUCGUAAAGGCUAAACAUGCGGGUUACUGUAGCUACGGUUCGCACCGGAGCCUUCGAGAAUCCUGAGAGAGAUUAAUUUUGGUUUCAUGUAUUUUGCAAACAAGGUAGAGAAAAGGGAAACGAGAGGAAAUGAAUUAAUUUUGGUUGAGACUUGACCAUUUGAAAGGUAUUGCUGUGGAAAGUAUUCUUGAAAUGAAAUUAUGUUGAAUAUAAAGUGAUUGUGUGUGUGUGUGUGUGUGUGUGUGUGUGUGUGUGUGUGUGUGUGUGUGUGUACCCCUCUAGUUUAGUCGAGCUGUUUUGAUUAGCAUGUUGUCUCAGACAGUGGUGUAGGCUUGGGCGUAAGGUUACAGAAUACCACUGUGUUGUGUCUAAAGACCAUGGUGAGUGUAGCACCACAAACAAAAUGCUAUUUUAGCGCACAGCUCCUGUUUCUGCUCCUUCUAACCGUGUCCACUCUUGCGGUGACCUCUGGUUUCCCUCUGUCUCCGUGCAUGAAUGAGUAGAUUUCAGGCAAAACACUAACCACUUUUCCUACUUCUACUACACUCAGUCUGUGUCUUUCUAGAACACGCACUCACAGGGCCGAAUCACUUUGCGCGUCUACAUUUCACAUCAGGUGUGUACAUAAGCUAAACGAUCUAAUGUAUGCACUUAAUAUCAGUUAACUGUAUUUCAGUGUGUGGAUUUGUUCAAAGGUAAUUUUUUUGUAAGAUAACAAGAGUGACAGUUUGCCAUUUGUGCCACUUUGACCAUGUGCCAUAUUGACCACUUUUCUUGCAGUCGGGGGUGCCAACAUUUACAGUUUUGCUAUAGCUUUUAUAAUUUUUGAGCUUUUAUUUGGGGACACAUGAACACUUUUUUGUUAUUUUAGCUAUAGCAACAAUCCAAGCAAGAGUAACAUUCACCGAAGGGGAAAGGACAUAGGGCGUACAAGUAGCAGCCGAGUCUAUUUUUUUUCGACGUUAUGCACUGUUUAACUGAAACUUUGGGGGGGGGCAAAGAAGAAAAUGGCAUUCCUACUCGGAAAGUUGUGCUCAACCCUGAGUUCAACAUGGCUGCUCACGCUGCUAACACUAAACCAAGCAGCACUUUUUCAUUUUUGAAUGAGUUCAGUGCUGUUUCUAGUAUUUCCUUGAGACCAGUCAACUUCAGAGUUAAAGCUAGAACACUGACUAUAUAGUGCACUGUUUCUGAAGGAGAAAAUACACAGUUAGCCGAAUACGGAGGCGUCCAUGUCUGCUUUUUCCCCAAUUUGUGGCUUGAACUAACAGAUCAAAAAGUUCCAACUACCCACUUUUAAGUUUAGGUAAAAGUAGUGUUAUUUUAGGUGAACUUUAACAAGUGUAUUCACAAGCCUCAGUUUUAUGAAUCUAAAACAAGAAGGUGAUGAUGCGGUCUCUGACCUUUAAAAAAAAAAAAUGCAGGAUUUUUCUCUCUGAUGCUUGUUGUUAGCAAUGUUGGCACCUUUGCAUGCAAAAAGUUUUCUUUGUCUUUUAAGGACUCCUGGGUACAAUAAAUUACAUUUCAAGAAGGGAAUAACUAAAAAUUUAGAAAAACCUAAACAUAACAAAUCACUGUCAUGCUCUCCCAAAAAUAAUCAUGUGUAUUACAGUAAAUAGUCACUAAAUUAAUAAUAAUAAUAAUAAUAAUCAUUCAAACAAGCAAAAUAUUGUCAAAAACAAAGUAUCUCUCUGCUUUGAUUUUUGUUCACAGACUUUGUACUACUGCUGACUUUGCAGUAAAACGUAGACUAGAGUACAAUGCCAUGUGUUUCCUGUGAUUUCUGUUGCUGUUCUUGUUAUUUGUUUUGUAAAUGGCGGGACUACUUUUUAUUAGUCAAUGAAUUGUGAAUUGCUGUAUUGUAAAUAACAAAAAAAUGGAUUUUAUUUAUUAACAUUUCUAAUUUGCGUUGGAAUUUGCACACUUAUAACUGCAGAACAAAAAGGGACAAAAUAACUGAGUCGCAGUGGCGUUGAAAUAAAGAUGGAAUUUUCUUAUCAUGGA